AUGGCCACCCACCGGCCGAAAGGUGCAAAUGUUGCCCAACCUGCAGAUGCUAAUGCAUUAUUUGAGAACCACACCAUAGAAGAAAUCAGAAGUUUGGAAAAGAAAAUCAGAUCAGAUAUAGAAAAGAAGAAAGAGGAUCUUCGAGUUAUGGUUGGUGAAAGGUAUCGAGAUCUAAUUGAUGCUGCUGAUACAAUAACAGACAUGAAAACGAGUGCAGAAAAUGUGAUGAAAUCCAUAUCUCGGAUGGAAGAUCUGUGCUCUUCCUUACGCCAGAAGCACAUGGUACGAGGGGCAUCUUUUCAUAUGAAUGUUAAGCACAACGGUGACAAGAAUAGCAAGGAAAUAGAGUUCUAUGGCAUAGCAGCACAGAUAAAACUGCUAAUGGACAUACCAGAAAAGAUUUGGAGCAACGUUGAUAGCCAGGAGUAUUUGAAGGCAACACAGCUGUACCUGUUGGCCAGACACAUUAACUCCAGUCUCCAUUUGGACUCCAGGCAGUCAGCAGACGUCAUGACUUGGUUCCCUGUGUUGACAAGACAGUGGGCAGCCAUUAGUCACUUCAAGUCUACAGUUUUACAGGGCUGUCGUUUAUUGCUGACAGACACAGAUACAGAUCUAAAUGACGAGCACAUGGCUCAGGUUCUGUGCUCAAUUGUUCUGUUAGAGGACAACACACCCAGACAAGUUUUCACAGAGUUUCUACUUGCACGCACGAAAACUCUUCAAGAGAUACUGCACUCAGGUCACCAGAGCAAUGUCAAAUCUCAGAUUAUAGGGGUUGCUCGUCUUCUCACAUCGACUUUAAGACAGAUCUACACAGUGUUUUACUCCCAUGAUCCUCAGCAAUCUAACAAGUCACACAAGGACACAGGACUGCUUAUGACAAUACUGAAUGAUGUAGUGUCGAAACAGGGUCAAGAAAAACUGAUGUUGGAUUUGCAAGGGACUAUAUUCUCAAAAUGUCUACCCCAGUCUGUGAAAAAUUUCAAACCAAUGCUGAGAACUCCAGCCACACCACUUCAAUCCAAACAGCUGAAGGAUAACUGUCAACAGUGGAUGAAUACAUGCCUUCAGGAGGUCCAGUCUGGAGUAGGGAAGCUGCUUCAUUAUGUCAACUCAGUCAAGCGACUUGCAGACAUCCGAGAUGAAGUGUGGUCCUUGCUGACGCAGGUUGAAAGUGACCCAUGUUGGAAGGAGAUCAGUGACAAUAUUCUAACUCUGAGGGUUUGGGAGGACUUUCUGAGACCUUUAUUUGUUGACAGAGUCAAGGCUCUUGUACAGUAUCAGUUGGAUACAACUGCUGAGCUGACAAAACGGACAGUGUCUAAAGUCAUGAUGGAGCUGACAUCUGAUAUGAAUGACAGUUCCAUGCUGUGUGAACGAAACUUGGCAGUUUUUGUGUGGACUGAGAAUUCUGCUGACGUCAUCAUGUCUGAUAUUUGGCAGUCUGCAUCCACCAAAACUCUCACUGACAGCGGUGGUCUUAUUCUUAAAGCAAGAGCAUUCACUCCUGCUGUUCAAAACCUUUGCCGCAGUGUGGAUGACAAGCUGAAGGUGUUGCUGGAAGACAUGGAGACUUACGUGCAGGAGGAGGAAACCAAGAAGGAUAAACAAGUUGAUGGAGCCUUUCAUCGUUUUUCUGAUACAGCAGAAAUCCUGAAAUACAUGCAGGGAGCCUGUGUCAAGUGUGUUCAAGAGAUUUUGGACUACCUGACAGAACAGCUGCGACUGUGGGAGAAAUCUCUUACUGACAUUCCAGACCCAGUAACAAAUGCAAUCACUGAAAGCAAGGUGUUGUUGACAGCAAGAACCUGUGCUGCAAUGAUUGAAAUGACUCCACAUCUACAGAGAUGUAUUCUAGCUCUAACCAACCAGAACAAACAGAUGUCUUUCAAACUUACAAAGAAGCUGCAUUCUCAGAAGCCAUCGGAUCUACCAGAAUGGCAUUCAGUGUUCUCCAAGCUAGAACAGUGUCUGAUGCUCGCCUACAG